CCCAGGACGAGCCCCGCCUGCGCCAUGAGAGAGGAGGUGGAGACGGGCGCCCGGUUCCUGUCGCGCUUGGUGAACCGGCACGGCCAGCUGGACGAGGGGCGCAUGGAGCAGUUCGGGGAGCACCUGGCCGCCGUCCUGCGCGAGCGGUACAGCCAGCACUGGUACCCCGAGAACCCCGCCAAGGGGCAGGCCUACAGGUGUAUCCGCAUCAACCGGAGGCAUCGGGUGGACGAGUCGCUGCUCCAGGCCUGUGUGGGCUGGGGGCUGGAGUGCUCGGAGCUGGCGCUGCCCCGGGAGCUGGCGCUCUGGAUCGACCCAGGGGAAGUUUGCUGUAGACUUGGGGAGAACAGGAGCCCCUCAGAAGAGGCCAGCGGCAAAGGGACCCCGGAGCCCGAGACGUCGGACUAUCACUCGGCAUCGCCCUCGGACAGCUCCUCGGAGGACGAGGGAUCGGCCAAGCCUGCCUUGUUGCCGGCCCCGGCUCUGGCCCCGAGCCAACCUGUGCCACGGGAGCCUAGCAAACAGGCUGCUGAGUUAUUCUACGUCCCAGCCCCCAUGUGGGUUCCUUGCACUGCCCAGCGCCUGGUCAGCUACAUCCCCACCUACCAGCCUCUCUCCUUCUACUACGUCAGCCUCGGAGCAAAGCCCUCGCUGACCAAGAGACCCAACGCCGACCGGCUGCGGCGCCUCACCCACCGCGCUGCCAAGGCUUAGGGGCAGGGUGGGAGAGGGGAAAGACUCCAGCCCCUCUCCCUCCUGCCCCCCAGCCCUUUCUCCCAAUUAGCACCCUGAGGCUGAGACUGGGUGGAACUCACCACAGCUCUAUCCUGCCAUGCAAACAGCGCCACCUGGUGGCCAUGCAAGGAAGCAGGCUGGAAAUGGCUGGAAGCUGGGGAUGUCCUCUCCCCACCUCCCAGCUGGUGUCUUAAGGGUUAACCACUCUUCUUGUCAGGCAGGGGAUGCGACCCCCAAGACCAUGAGGCUGAGCCAGUCGAGUCCGUGUCCUUGGGGACCAGCCACAUAGGCAGAGCUCAAAGGCAAAGGGAAGGGAAGACAGGCCUUUCUCUCCCUGGCUGUGGGAGGGGAGAGAGGCUUAGUGGUUAGAGAGGGGGAAGAUUGGGAACCAGCUCUGGGAUGAGAGUGGGGCCUAGUGGAUGGAGCAAGGGGCUGGGAGCCAGGACUCCUGGGUUCCAUUGUUGGCUCUUCUGGCACAAAAACAAGCAUGUGCACCCACAGCCACACAAGCUGUGCCUCAGUUUCCCACAAGACUCACCUACCUCAGACGGGUGCUGUAGUGCAAACAAAUGCAGGGACACUUUAUAAAGGCUUUUUCCAGGCAGGGGAAAGGGUUCUGCUAAUGAUUUUAAUAUAUGUGCUGUAAAUAGUGA